AUGAGGAAGAAGACAUACCAAGACAUUGCUCGCGGUAGGGCAUCAGCCCCAGGUGAUGAUGGCAUUACAUACUCCGUCUUGCGCCUCCUCCUGAAGGUCACUGGUGCUCCCCUUCUACAGCCUUACAACCUUUGCCUCCGACAUGGAUAUGUGCCGCAAGGCUGGACGAAGAGCCUCGUUGUACCUGUUCCUAAGCCAGGCACUGACAAGUUUAGACCAAUAUCCCUUACAUCAUGUUUCUGUAAAGUGCUGGAAUCGCCUUAUGUAUCGCCUUCGGGACAAACUAUCAUCCAGGUUAUAUGGAUUCCUGCCACAACGCAGCACGCACCAUUGUCUAUUGGAGCUAUACACUCGCCUCUCCUAUACAAGUCUUGUCGCAUUCAUUGA